CAGCUGGGGCUGUGUUCCUGCAAGAGCAGAGCAACCUCAGAGCCGUGGCCCUGGGCAGCAGGACCAGCCAAAAUGGACGACAAUAUGGACACAAAAUCCAUUCUAGAAGAACUUCUUCUCAAAAGGUCACAGCAAAAGAAGAAAAUGUCACCCAAUAAUUACAAAGAGCGGCUUUUUGUUUUAACCAAAACAAACCUCUCCUACUAUGAAUAUGACAAAAUGAAAAGAGGCAGCAGAAAAGGAUCGAUUGAGAUUAAGAAAAUCAGAUGUGUGGAGAAAGUCAAUCUUGAGGAGCAGACCCCUGUGGAGAGACAGUACCCGUUUCAGAUUGUCUAUAAAGAUGGGCUUCUCUAUGUGUAUGCAUCAAAUGAAGAGAGCCGAAGUCAGUGGCUGAAAGCAUUACAAAAAGAGAUAAGGGGCAACCCCCACCUGCUGAUCAAGUACCACAGUGGGUUCUUCGUGGACGGGAAGUUCCUGUGCUGCCAGCAGAGUUGCAAAGCGGCCCCAGGAUGUACUCUCUGGGAAGCAUAUGCUGAUCUGCACACUGUACCCAAAGAAGAAAAACAAAGGGUUCCCAUCUUCCCAGACAGAGUGCUGAAGAUUCCUAGAGCAGUUCCUAUUCUCAAAGUAGAUGAACCAUCUUCAAGUACCACUCUAGCCCAGUAUGACAGUGAUUCCAAGAAAAACUAUGGCUCCCAGUCAAACAUCAACAUGAAGUAUAUUCCAAAAGAAGACUUCCCUGACUGGUGGCAAGUAAGAAAACUGAAAAGCAGUGAAGAUUUGGCAUGCAGUAAUCAAAGGGAAAGAAAUGUUGUAAAUCACAACACCUCAAAGAUGUCAUGGGGCUCCCCUGAGUCAAGUUCAUCUGAAGAAGAGGAAAACCUUGAUGAUUAUGACUGGUUCGCAGGUAACAUCUCCAGGUCACAAUCUGAGCAGUUACUGAGACAAAAGGGGAAAGAAGGAGCAUUUAUGGUUAGAAACUCCAGCCAGGCGGGAAUGUACACAGUGUCCUUGUUUAGUAAGGCUAUGAAUGAUAAAAAAGGAACUGUCAAACAUUACCAUGUGCAUACAAAUGCUGAGAACAAAUUGUACCUGGCAGAAAACUACUGUUUUGAUUCCAUUCCAAAGCUUAUUCACUAUCAUCAACACAAUUCAGCAGGCAUGAUCACACGACUCCGCCACCCUGUGUCGACCAAGGCCAAUAAGGUUCCCAUCUCUGUGUCCUUGGGAAGCGGAAUCUGGGAACUGAAACGUGAAGAGAUUACCCUGUUGAAGGAGCUGGGAAGUGGCCAGUUUGGAGUGGUCCAUCUGGGCAAGUGGAAGGGGCAGUAUGAUGUUGCUGUUAAGAUGAUCAAGGAGGGCUCCAUGUCAGAAGAUGAAUUCUUCCAGGAGGCCCAGACCAUGACGAAACUCAACCAUCCCAAGCUGGUGAAAUUCUACGGAGUGUGUUCAAAGAGAUACCCUAUAUACAUAGUGACUGAAUAUAUAACCAAUGGCUGCUUACUGAGUUACCUGAAGAGUCAUGGAAAAAGACUUGAACCCUCCCAGCUCUUAGAAAUGUGCUAUGAUGUUUGUGAAGGCAUGGCCUUCUUGGAGAGCCACCAAUUCAUACAUCGGGACUUGGCUGCUCGGAACUGCUUGGUAGACAGUGAUCUCUCUGUGAAGGUUUCUGACUUCGGGAUGACGAGGUAUGUUCUUGAUGACCAGUACGUCAGUUCCGUAGGAACAAAGUUUCCAGUCAAGUGGUCAGCCCCAGAGGUGUUUCACUACUUCAAAUACAGCAGCAAGUCAGACGUAUGGGCAUUCGGGAUCCUGAUGUGGGAAGUGUUCAGCCUGGGGAAGCAGCCCUACGACUUGUACGACAACUCGCAGGUGGUCGUGAAGGUCUCCCAGGGCCACCGGCUCUACCGGCCCCAGCUGGCGUCGGACACCGUCUACCACAUCAUGUACAGCUGCUGGCACGAGCUUCCAGAAAAGCGUCCCACAUUUCAGCAGCUCCUAUCAUCCAUUGAACCACUUCGGGAAAAAGACAAGCCUUGA